UUGCAGACGUGUCAGGAGCAUUUGGAACGACCUCAUCAUGCACUCGCCUAGGCUACGCAGGAAGCUCUUCCUUGACGUCGAGAAAGGCUCUCGGCCCAUAAGAGAAAAGCAGGUUUUCGACAAAGCAACACACAUCUGGCGCCCGCUCUUCUGUGCAGAUGUUCGGGACCAUGGUCGAGAUUGGCACAAGAGACAACGACGCGUCCAUCCUUGUGUUUUGAACCCUUUGAUCUUCCGUCAAGAACCCCCGGUGCCUGCCUCGCAGAAAUCAAGCAAGAGGGUGGGUCAGCGGUGCGAGUCGGUGUAUUUCCUCCGACGACCAGAUGUGGCGAGACUGUCCAGGCCCAGGGACCUCGGCGGCAGCAUCAUCGGCGAUAUGCUCGUCUGUCAGCCUCCUAUCAGUGAGGUCGAGGUCGAACUCCACUAUCAGGAGGUGGCGCUGCGUCCCAUGACUGAUAGGAAUAUGUGCUUGAGGUGGCAGGCCCGCAAGAGGUUCAAGGUCGUUAAUCAUUCGGGCACCCGGGUGGGCGAUAUUGCGCGCGAAUUAGUCGAUAUCAUGGGAGGCAUCUCCGAGGACUUCAAAUUGUCGGUUGUCGUGGAGAGUCAUCUGCGGAAGAAGAGCACUAUACGAAUGUCGGGUGCCUUAUUGGUCAGCCCUUAGGAGAUGGCUCGCAUGGGGGAUUUCGCGACGCCGGGCUUACUAGGUGACGCAUUACUGCACUACUGUGAACGAUAGCGA